UCCCGGAGCCCGUAGUCCUCCGGGCCAACGUGAGUGACAGCGACCUGCUCUGGGUUUACAAUUAAGGGCUUAAAACGCCGGAACGUACCCCACCGCUGGCCACCAGCCCUCCAGCCUCCUCAAUUCCUGAAGCCCUCGGUCUGAUCCUGGAGACUGAAGAGGCCACGUUUGCAUUUGAACCGAGGGUAUCGGAAAGCCCCUGCCCCACCCACCAGGAAGGUGCCUGCCUGCCCUUGAGCUUGAAUUGUCUGAAGUUGUGUGAGCGGAGAGCAGAGCCACUGCCAGAAGGAAGAGGGGACGAGUCACAGCAGGACACUUUCUCUGCACGCUUCCAGCCUGUGUAAGCAGCAAGAGCAGUCUAAAGAGAACCUGGAGCCAGGAUUAAGAGACUAUUUAUGAAGCAUCUUAUUUUGUGACCAAGUUCUGUUGUCAGUGACGACAUAAAUGGCUCAACUCCCCGUGGGCAUUCGUUUUAUCGCCUCAUUCUCCAGGGAUCAGUGGUACAGAGCCUUCAUUUUCGUUUUGACAUUUCUUCUGUAUGCAAGUUUUCACUUAUCUCGGAAACCUAUCAGCAUAGUUAAGGGUGAACUCCACAAGUACUGCGCUGCUUGGGAUGAGACCGAAGUCAGAUUCCACAGCCAGAGCCACAAAGCUGGGUACGUUUCCCCCGGCCAGCUGCCAGACAACGAGACUGACUGUGGCUGGGCUCCAUUUGAUAAGAGCAACUACCAACAGCUGCUUGGCGCCCUGGAUUACUCCUUCCUGUGUGCGUAUGCCAUUGGCAUGUACCUGAGUGGCAUCAUAGGGGAGCGCCUGCCCAUUCGGUACUACCUCACGUUCGGCAUGCUCGCCAGCGGAGCCUUCACUGCCCUGUUCGGGGUAGGAUAUUUCUAUGACAUCCACAGUUUGGGAUUCUACGUGGUGACUCAGGUUAUCAAUGGACUGGUACAGACCACAGGCUGGCCCAGUGUUGUCACCUGCCUCGGCAACUGGUUUGGGAAAGGAAGACGAGGUUUGAUUAUGGGGGUCUGGAAUUCCCAUACCUCUGUGGGCAACAUUUUGGGGUCGUUGAUUGCUGGCUACUGGGUGUCCACGUGCUGGGGCCUGUCCUUCGUCGUGCCUGGGGCCAUUGUGGCAGCGAUGGGGAUCGUGUGCUUUCUCUUCCUCAUUGAACAUCCCAAGGACGUCAGGUGCUCCUCCACCCUGUCCGCGCAUUCAAAAGGCUAUGAGAAUGGUACAAACAGAUUUAAACUCCAGAAGCAAACCUUAAACAACGAAAAGAACAAGCCUCUGGACCCUGAGAUGCAGUGCCUGCUGCUGUCUGACGGAAAGGGCUCUGUCCACCCAAACCACGUCGUCAUUGUCCGGGGUGACAGUGGGAGUGGCACAGCUGCCAUCAGCUUCACAGGGGCCUUGAGAAUUCCGGGCGUGAUCGAGUUCUCGCUGUGUCUGCUGUUUGCCAAGCUGGUCAGCUACACGUUUCUCUUCUGGCUCCCACUGUACAUCACAAAUGUGGAUCACCUUGAUGCCAAAAAAGCAGGGGAGCUCUCAACCUUGUUUGAUGUGGGUGGAAUCUUCGGUGGAAUCCUGGCAGGUGUGAUCUCAGACCGACUGGAGAAGAGAGCCUCUACCUGCGGCCUCAUGCUGCUGCUUGCAGCCCCCACGCUCUACAUCUUCUCCACCAUCAGCAAGAUGGGACUAGAAGCUACCAUAGCAAUGCUGCUGCUCAGCGGGGCUCUGGUCAGCGGGCCCUACGCACUGAUCACCACUGCAGUCUCCGCGGACCUGGGGACUCACAAGUGUCUGAAAGGAAAUGCCCACGCCCUGUCCACUGUGACCGCCAUCAUUGACGGAACCGGGUCUGUAGGAGCGGCGCUGGGCCCCUUGCUGGCUGGACUCAUCUCCCCCUCCGGAUGGAGCAAUGUAUUUUACAUGCUGAUGUUUGCAGAUGCCUGUGCCUUAUUGUUCCUGAUCCGCCUCAUCCACAAGGAGCUGAGCUGUGUGGGGUCAGCGGCAGGGGACCAAGUUCCGUUUAAGGAACAAUGACCACUCGAGUCCCAUGGAGGGAGUCUGGGCACAUCCUUCACACACUGUCCUUCAAGGAAAAGUUCAAAUAAAGGAUCCAUGUUGAAAAGAGUGAUUUACCCUUGCCUUUUGCACAUGCACCUGAAAAAGACACAAAAGCCAACAUGAAAAUUCCUGGUACUAUUAUAGUUUAAACGAGAUGUGGGGCUCAGGGCAGAAUAAGAAAAGUCCCCUAGGAACUGCUGUCUAGCUGCCUGACUGAGCCAGAUGGAGGCUCGACAGCGUGUGCCCAGCCAGCCGCUCAGGUGCACGCGGUGCCCAGGUAACCCCCGUCUCUCUCAGGUACUUCAACAGAACGUUAAUGUGUCCAAGGGCCUCGCUGGCAGGACCUCUGGCAGCAGUGUGCUGCUGUUUCCAGAGAACCUGAAUGUGCCACGUAAUAAACAGGACAUUGGAACAUAGGAGAUGAUGCCAGCGAGCAAGGAGGCAGCCUCCACACGACAACUGGGUCAGAAACCAACACAGAAGGCGGACCUGUCACGUCAUCCCAGAGACUCUGCCAGCACUCCCCACAUUCUGUACUGACCUCAGAACUAACAGCAGUAGUGUGUGGCCGUGAAGCAAUAAACCUGCCCACGGACAGGGCACCUCGAGAACCAGCCCCAGGACACCCCAGCUCCUGCUGUCCCGGCUGUCCUCCAGGGCUGAGACUGCUCGGUCCAGAGGCUGAGGGCCUCGCCCUGGUGCUGGGAGUGGCUGGUCUCGAGCCCAGAGAGUCACUGCACCACACACAGACACCUGAACCCUGUCUAGACACACAGUAGCAGAAUGGAUUAUUUAUUUAAAAUGUGUGAUAUGUUCUAUGAAGUAUAAGAAAUAUAAAUGCAUUUUAUUAUUUAUUAAGAAAAACUCUAGUUGUUCUCUGGCCAUUUUUCUCAGUUGUCUCUUGCAAAAUACUUAUCUGCCCUUUGAAAUAAAAUGGUUUUUUU